CAAUAAUCUACAACCAAAAAACCAAGCAAAGACGAACGCAGACAACAACAGCCAACAACGGUUGACGUGCAGACAGUUGCUCUCUGCUUGGUGCUGUUGUUGUUGUUGUUGUUGUGAAGAGGGACCUGGUGGUGGCACUACUCUCUUUUUGAGUUGAGUUGAGGAGCUGUGUUGGAGUUGGAGAGCAGUGGUGAGGGACGAAGGAGACACCAACACCAAGCAUGUUCAUUUACUUGAGCAAGAAGAUCAAGGUUGCCUUGCCCAACCCCAUCCCGCUGGAUGCCAUUUCAUGGAACCGAGAGUAUGGCUGGAUUGCCUGCGGUGGCGACGAAGGUCUCCUGAAGAUCAUCAAGAUUGACUCUGAGAAGGGCAACAACCGCAGCAACCUCAGCAUGAACCAGACGCUCGAAGGCCACAACGGCGCCGUCAAGGUCAUCACGUGGAACGAGCACUACCGCAAGCUCACCACCAGUGAUCAGUACGGCCUCAUCAUCGUCUGGAUGCUCUACAAGGGCCAAUGGUACGAGGAGAUGAUCAACAACCGCAACAAGAGCGUCGUCACCGACAUGAAAUGGAACUCUGACGGUGGCAAAAUCUGCAUCGUCUACGAGGACGGCGCUGUGAUUGUUGGCGGGGUUGACGGCAACCGGCUGUGGGGCAAAGAGCUGAAGACGCCACUGCGGCAGGUGGAGUGGUCGCCCAACGGCAAGGUCAUUCUCUUCGGCACGGGCGCAGGCGACGUGCUCAUCUACGACCACAAGGGCAACCCGAUCAGCCGCAUUGACCUGGCCUGCCUCGAGGGGCAGACGGGCGACUCGAAGCUCGUGACCAUGGACUGGUAUGACGGCAACUUUGGGUAUGUGGACGAGGAGUGCCCUGUGCUGGCCAUCUGCUUCCAGUCCGGCCGCAUGCAGCUCAUGCGCAGCGAGAGCGACACCAAACCCGUCCUCGUCGACUCCAUGAUGGAGGCUGUCGCAGCAAGGUGGAACAACAACGGCACGGUCCUGGCUGUUGCCGGCAAGCAGCCGACGGACGACGGAUCCGGUCGCCUGACGUGUGCGGUGCAGUUCUACACACCCUUUGGCGAGCAUCUGCGCACGCUCAAGGUGCCCGGCAACACCAUCACCUCCAUCUCCUGGGACUCGGACGGCCUCAAGCUCGCCCUCACCGUGGACCACUUUAUGUACUUUGCGAGCGUGCGGCCGGACUAUCGCUGGGGGUACUUCAACAACACCGUCGUGUACGCCUUCAACAAGCCCGAGCGCACCGAGCACUGCAUUGUCUUCUGGGACACCAAGCUCAAUGGCGUGACAGUCAAGUUUGUGAAAAACUUGAUUGGCAUUGCGGCGGCCGGCGAGCUAUGUGUGCUCAGCACCAAGGCCGACGACUCAAGCGGGCAGUAUGUGCUGACGCUUUGCAACGCGAUUGGCACGCCGAUUGACUCCAAGUACAUUGACAUUGAGCCGACGUUCCUGACAAUGACGGCGACACACGUGAUUGCCGCGUCGCACGAGUGCUGCUUUGUCUGGCACCACAAGCAGACGCGUGCCCUCGACUCAAAGGCCUCGAAGAAGCGCGACGAGAAGAUCUUCCACAUUGACGACAGCCCAUCUGGCGGGAAGGACACGGACCCGAGCAAGUUCAAGAAGGCGCGCCUGGAGACACGCGACCCCAUCUGCUCCGUGUGCGCCUCUGACCGCAUGCUCAUGGUCGGGCGUGAGUCUGGCACCCUGCACCAGUACGGCCUGCCCAAGGUGAACCUGGAGAUGAAGCACAUUCUCAAGUGCCGCCCGGACCGCCUGUCCCUCAACUGCACGUCCACGCGUCUGGCUGUGCUUGACAUUGACGGCAUCCUGACGUUCUUUGACCCGGAGGUGAAGCGCACCAACCCGGAGACGGGCGCCAUCCAGUACGGCGAGCAUAUCAGCUCCUUUGAGCGAAAGGAUGUGUGGGACAUGCGAUGGGCGGACGACAACCCGGAGCUGUUUGCGAUGAUGGAGCGCUCGUACAUGUACAUCUUCCGCGACCUCGACCCCGAGGAGCCUAUUGCCUCCUCCUCCUACAUCUGCAACUUUUCAAACCUGCAGGUCGAGACGGUCGCCCUUGACGAAAUCAUGCGCGCUCCCGAGCAGCCGACCAAGGGAAGCCACGCCCAGCACGAGAUCAAGUCUCUCCGCGACACGCGCACGCUGCUUGAGACUGUCACAAUUGAGGACGCCUACUCGUACAUUGAGCAGAACCCGCACCCGCGCCUCUGGCGCCUCCUCGCCGAAUCGGCGCUGUCGAAGCUUGACCUUGACAUUGCGGAAAAGGCGUUUGUGCGCUGCAAGGACCUUCAAGGCAUCCACUUUGUGCUGCACCUGACGCAACUCGACGACAAGCAGAAGCAGCAGGCGGAGGUGUGCACGUACUUUCAAAAGUUUGAGGAGGCGCAGCAGAUCUACCUGGGCAUGGACCGCGCCGACCUGGCGCUGAAGAUGCGCAAGAAGCUUGGCGACUGGUUCCGCGUGGUGCAGCUCAUCAAGUCUGGCGCCGGCGGAGACGACUUGCUCCUCAACCAGGCCUGGAACAGCAUCGGCACAUACUAUUUUGACCGCCAGCGCUACGCUGAGGCCAACAAGUUCUUCGCGCAGGGCAACAACUACAAGGGCCGCGCCGAGUGCUGCUACCGCAUUGAGGACUGGCACGGCCUGGAAGAGCUUAUUUACAUUCUCCCAGAGGGCGACGAGCUUCUUCGCGACAUUGCAGCGAAAUUCGCAUCCGUUGGCCUGUGCACGCAAGCGGUGAAGGCAUACGUGAAGGUUGGCGAGGUGAAGAGUGCCAUUGCCGUGUGCGUGGAGUUGAACCAAUGGGAUCAGGCGGUCAAGCUUGCAAACGAGCACAACGUCAAGGAGAUUGAUGCCCUCCUUGCCAAGUACGCAUCCCACCUCCUCUCCAAGGACAAGCUUGUCGAGGCCAUCGAGCUCUACCGCCAGGCCAAGCACCACCUGGAUGCUGCAAAGCACCUCUUCCAGCUCGCAGACAAGAUCUCCUCAAAGGGCAACCCGCUCAGGUGCAAGCAGCUGUACAUUCUCGGCGCGCUUGAGAUUGAGCAGUACAUUGAGUCGAAGCGCUCUGGCUCGGACCCCACGCGCUCUGUCCUCGAAGGCCUCUUGGAGGAGGACGCUCUUGAAGAGAGCUACGCGCGCAUGCUCGAGCACCCGUGGCGCGGCGCUGAGGCGUACCACUUCCUGCUGCUGAGCCAGCGCCAGCUGUAUGCGGGCAUGUACAAUGAGGCCCUUCGCACGGCCGUGCGUCUGUCAGACUACGACGAUAUCUUGCCGCCACUGCAGGUGUACAGCGUGCUUGCGCUUGCCGCUGUCGCCACCAACAACUACGGGCUCUGUUCAAAGGCGUUUAUCAAGAUGGAGUCCCUUGGCGCCGAGGAAGACAAGACCAGGCAGCAGAUUGAGUCGCUUGCCAUUGACCUGUUCUCAAAGCACCCGCCCAAGGACGUUGCUGCCGGCACCAUCACUUGCACCAACUGCGAAGAGGAGAACCCAGACUGGGCAACAUCGUGUGCAAGCUGCUCGUUCAACUUCCUCCCCUCAAUCGCCUCUGGCCGUUCCAUGGUUGAUCUCGAGUAUUGGAUCUGCCCUCAGUGCAAGCACCGCGCAUCUGCGGGUGAAAUCUCCCGCCACAACUUCUGCCCCUUCUGCCACAACCCCGUGUAGCCGCAGCCGAAGGCACACCAUCACCAUCCACGAUACACGUCCCCUCCCCUCUCCCUGCUUCUGUUUCGGGUUUCGUUGUUUGUUUUUUGUUUUUGUUUUUUGUUUUUUCCUUGCUUUUGUUGUGCUGUUGGUGGAUGUUCCAUUCUGCCGCUGGCGCACCAUCACACCAGUGCAUGUGUUCAUUCAUCCUGCCAACUUGUUGUUGUUUUCAGCACGCGUUCAUCCACCAAUUAAACUCCCCCAUCAGCUA